AUGCUAGCUUCCACGCUGCAUCCUCCUGUCGAGAAUGAGAAAACGUCGCUUGACACUGACCCGAAUGAGUUGGUACUGUUUCCCGCACCAACUCCAGUACCCUUACUUGGACUUAGGCAGCACCAGAUUCUGAAACCAACUUCACGAGUUUCAGCAGUCACAUUAGCGUCCCGAGCACGUCUUAACAGCUUCGAAGAAAGAUUCAAUGAAACAAGAUGCAAUGCUAAGAAGGGACGUCAUAAGACUACAGCGCUGGCAAGCGAAUUACACAAAUGGGAGGUCAGACACCGCAAUCCCGCCAAGGAAAUUGAGCUGCGCAGCUCAGAUGAAAGCGUCAUUUUCACAGCAACUACGAUGAUUACUUGUCAAUGGCGUGCCAUGAGCUCGCUCUCAUCAAGUUGUACCAGCUCCGUUGAUCUUUGCGAUUUCCUCGGUUAUGAGGAAGAGGAGGAUACGGACGACAUGAUCACGUCGUAUACAACUCCAAAAUGGAUCAAUUGA